GUCAACCCAAACCAUCGAUUACUCGAAAUAUUCCCAGCACAAAAAUGCCCAAAGCGACAAAAGGCAAGAAUGCCGGCCCCCGAAAGGGCCCCUACGAGAAGCCCGCCGCAAACAGGGUCUUCAAGUUCAACACCAACAUCGGCCAGCAUAUCUUGAAGAACCCUGGUAUCGCAGACACCAUCGUCGCAAAGGCAUACCUCAAGCCCACCGACACCGUCCUCGAAAUCGGUCCCGGAACUGGUGUCCUCACCACGAGAAUCUUGGAGCAGGCCAAGGCUGUCAAGGCUGUCGAGCUCGAUACCAGAAUGGCUGCUGAAUUGACGAAACGAGUCCAGGGCGGGCCUCUGCAGCAGAAGCUCGAGAUCAUCAUGGGCGAUUUUGCUAAACUCGAUGUUGUGCAAGCUCUUCCCCCCAUUGAUGUCUGCAUCAGCAACACGCCCUACCAAAUUUCGUCUAUCAUCGUCUCCAAGCUCAUCUCCAUGCCCAAGCCCCCACGCGUCAGCAUUCUCAUGGUUCAGCGAGAAUUCGGACUGCGAUUGUGCGCCCGCGCUGGCGAUUCGCUAUACUCUCGUCUUUCGGUCAACACACAGUUUACUUCCAAGGUCUCAAUGGUUGCCAAGGUUGGCAAGAACAACUUCUCCCCUCCACCCGAGGUCGAGUCCGUCGUCGUGAGGAUAGAGCCUCGAACAGACGUCCCCGCUGUUGGUCUGGAGGAGCUGGACGGUGUACUGCGCAUUUGCUUCUCGCGAAAGAACAAGACGCUGCGAGCUAGUUUCCUCGACUCGCAUGAGAUUUGCGAGCGCAACUGGAUCACAUGGACGUCCAUGUAUCCCGACAAGGUCAGUGAGAAGGAUCUCGACCUGCUCCGCGACAGCAUGGACACCGCCGAAAAGGCAGCCGACUCCAAGCAGAGCGUGUGUGGCGUUCCUGUCAGCAAGGCAUCUCUCAAGAACUUGAUCCGAACCAAGAUUGAGCAUGUCCUCGAGACCACCGAACUCGCCGAGGCCCGAGCCGUCAAGUGUGAUGAGAAUGACUUUUUGAAGCUCAUCUUGGCUUUCCGUGAGAACAACAUCUACUUCACAUAGAGCACACUACGAUACCCAAAAGUUAUGAUUUUAUCUUACCAAGUAUUCAAUCCGUUUAGAUUGAGCUACUAUUUCUGCCGCACCAGACGGCCCCGAACGACAUGUGCUGCAUCCACCCCACAACUUUGGGAGCAGCACCGCAGUGUCGGACUUUUGUUGAUCAAGGAUUGGGCCAUAGGCAUAAGAGAUGGACAGAGUAAAAAGAAAGUGAUUUUGAGGCCGCCAGACCGCUCGGCAAUACAUACCCAGACCCCACGCCAGACACCCUCCGACCCUCAUUUUGAGGAGACUGUGGGGAUAUUCACAAAGUGUCCGACAUGCGGGGAAGCGUGGGGGUUACUCGGACAAAGCGCCGGGAGAGGUUAAUGGCACAUGCAAGCAGAGACGGUCAAAGAAAAGACUGCUCCUCAAUUGCGCGGAUGCGGGCAUGAGGAGUAACUGAGUCACGUCACGUUUGGGCAAGAUGCACAGAUUAUGCUUGCACAAAAGGUCUGAUGAUCAAGUCAGAUCCAGAUGUAAUAAGAUACCCUAGAAUUCUAUGA